GUGUGUGUGUGUGUGUGUGUGUAUAUUGACAGGUGAAAGAGGGAGGACUUUUGUGUUGCUUGGAAGGCAGUCUCGGAACACAACCCAGUACUCGUCCCUUGUCUCGUUUGCAACAUUUGUGGCAAUAUUAUUCAAGCGGACUUUUUACAACUCUAUUCAUAGACUAUCCUGGAGAUGGAUUUGAAGUCAUUGCUUCAAAGCCAUCUAAGAAAAAAGGAGGAACUGAAAAAGAGUGAAAAUUCUACAGAGGAAUCAGAAAAUGAUGAUCAAGACAAGAUGUUUGAAAAAUAUUACUGUGAAUGGAAGGCUGCCAGUAAGAGCUCAGCAAGCGGUAAUGGUAAAACCUUCUCUGUCAUUCCCAAGUUUUACCACAAACUCCCUCCUGAGGACCACCAGCUGCUGCAGAAGUUACGUGAAGAGUCCCGUGCAGUGUUCCUUCAGAGACGAAGCAGAGAACUCUUAGAUAAUGAUGAACUGAAGAACCUUUGGAUGUUAUUAGAUAAACAUCAGUCAGUGACAGAAGUGGGUGGGGAGGAACAGUUGAUUAAUUAUGAGGAUUUCUUAAAGGUAGCAGAGCAAGCAGGGCCUAAGUGUAAGCAGUACUUUCAACCUUCAACAUUUUGUAAGUUGCUCCAGAAUGAUUCAUACGGACGCAUAUCUAUCAUGAAUUUCUUCAACUAUGUCAUGAGGAAGGUGUGGCUUCACCAGACCAGGAUUGGACUGUCCCUUUAUGAUGUGACUGGUCAGGGUUACCUCAGAGAAUCAGACCUGGAAAACUAUAUCUUAGAACUAAUCCCAACAUUGCCUCAGUUGGAUGGAUUAGAAAAAUCCUUUCAUUCUUUCUAUGUUUGCACUGCUGUUAGGAAAUUUUUCUUCUUCUUAGAUCCUUUACAUACUGGACAAAUAAAGAUUCAGGAUAUAUUAGCAUGCAGCUUCCUGGAUGACCUGUUAGAACUGCGUGAUGAAGAAUUGCCCAAAGACCAACAGCAGAAUAACUGGUUCUCAGCACCCUCGGCCCUUCGAGUCUAUGGUGUUUACUUGAACUUAGACAAAGAUCACAAUGGUAUGCUUUCUAAACAGGAACUUUCCCGUUAUGGUAUGGGAACCCUGACUCCAGUGUUCAUUGACCGGGUGUUCCAGGAAUGUAUGACGUAUGACGGGGAGAUGGACUACAAGACCUAUCUUGACUUUGUUUUGGCACUGGAGAACCAAAAGGAUCCCCAGUCACUGCAUUACUUAUUCAAAAUUCUUGACAUUGAUGGUCAGGGUUACUUAAACGUCUUCACCCUGAACUACUUCUUCCGCUCGAUUCAGGACCAGAUGCGUCAACACAACCAGGAGCCUGUUAAUUUUGAGGAUGUUAAAGAUGAAAUAUUUGACAUGGUGAAACCAGGAGAUCCAUUUAAAAUUACACUGCAGGACCUUAUUAACUGUGGCCAGGGUGAUGUUGUCAUCAGUAUCCUCAUUGACUUGAAUGGCUUCUGGACAUACGAGAACAGGGAGGUUCUUGUGGCAGAUAGUAGUGAAGAUCCAGCACAGGUCUGAGUCAUAUUUUUUUCAUAUAUAGUAUGGAUUAGAUACAUAUCAUAAAUCUUGUAGCAGUGCCUCUACUUAUACAGAAAUAACUAGCAGCUAAUUGUUUUGUUUGAACUUUUGCCAUCCACGCAUUACUUCCUUGAUAUUUUUACAGUACAAAUGUAACAAUAUUGACAAGAAAAUGAAAAAUAUGUAUGAGCUAUGUGUAGAAAUAAAUAAUGUAUAUAUAUAUAUAUGGUCAUAUUUUCUUAAAUGAAUAUGUUUUAGAAUUUAUUUAACAUACGUAUUUAAAAAAUAAAACAGAAGAAAAAAAACCUUUUUAUAU